ACGUCACAGCUAGCUCCCAGGGCAGAAAAAUGGCUUCCAAAGGGGCGAAGGAGGAUCCCGCGAAUAAAGAACCUCAGGAUCAAGACUGGAGUUCUGAAGAGGUUGAUAAAGGAGAAAGCGAUGUAUGAGACAGAAGUGGUGGAUCAGGAAGCAAAAAUAGUAAAGUUGAAGGCGGAAGGACAAGACGAACACGUCAUAAAGAAGCAGGGAGAGGUAUUGCUGGAGUCACAGAACAUGGUGCCCGACUGCCGGAGGAGAAUUCAAAAAGCAUACUCUGACCUCAAGUCCCUUAUGGGUGAGGACUGGACUGGUUUCACAGAUAGUGAACAGUACAAAGCAGCACGGGAGAUCCUCGAUAAUAAUAAAGAUUUGGACGACACAGAAACGUCAUUUACAGAGUAAUGUAUGUAUUACAGUGUGUGUGACUAGAAUGACACAUCAUUGGAGAGUUGAAACCAUGAUUAUCUUCUUGUACGAGCUGUGCUGAUGUAGAGAACAUUGUUGCCUCUGAUGAAAGCAUCACCAUACUUGCUCUUCAACUAUACAUACAUAACAACGGCACAUUUUGUAACUUUACGUAUAUUUGCUCCUUACCUGGCCGUUCACAUAUUCCUCAGUCUGCUCCAGAGCUAUGUUCAUAUAGCCGUCUAGGCACGCAAGAACACCUGCGUACGGCGGGGAAUUCUAUUUAACGCGCAUCCGAUAACUUCGCGCGAGACGUUGGCUUGCCUCUGUAGUCGACGCCGGAGUUGAGUUUGACCACCACUGGUUUACCAAUUAUAAGCUUGAGAAAGUCACUGGGAUUCUGCUUCUUGAAGCUCAUUCUCGAAGAUUAGGUUUCUAUAUAGUGCCCACCACAGUUGCGCACGUGCGGAGGGUU